UCAGUCUGACGGUACAUUACUAACUACAACUUGUGUUUUAAUCAUAUUUUUUAUAAACCGAAGAUGGCUAAAUUUUUGUUAAGCACUGUCAGUGUUUUAGUUUUAAUUGCUUAUGCUCAAUCUGGUCCAGUUCCAGAAGAAUUCAAAGAUGUUCAGCCAACAAUUCGUGAAGCAUGUGUAAAAGAAUCAGGACUUACAAGUGAAGAUUUAAUAAACAAAGCUGCAGUCGGUGAAUUCACUGAUGACCCUCAAUUAAAAUGCUACAUGAAAUGUCUUCUCGAUCAAUUUAGAUUAGUAAGCAAACGCGGAGUUAAUUUCGACGCAAUGUUAGCAUUAUCUCCACCAUCAAUGAAAGAAAAUGCAGCAAAAAUGAUCAAGGAAUGCCGUGACACAAAGGGAAAAGAAGGUGACCUCUGCGAUUUAGCAUUUGAAGUUACGAAAUGUUUGUAUAAUUCAAACCCUGAGACCUACUUCAUCCUAUAAAUUAAUCGAUCUACUCAAAAGUAUAAAAAUCAAAUCAACGAAUGGCUUGUAUGUAGGAUUGAAAUAUAAAUUUAAUUACAAUGUAGUUGAUUAAUGACAAAUAAUUAAAUAAAUAGUUAUUUUAUGUUGUAAA